AUGCAUGAAAUUGACACUAAUGUUGUCAAAACGGAGCAUUAUGUCAUUUGGCCGAACGCUGUCAUUCCGUUCUAUAUAGACCCGGAACAUUUUGAUCAUGAGCAGGCGCUCUCCAUCAUGACUGCUCUGUCGCUGUUCGCCUUCAAGACCUGCCUCAAGUUCAACCCGGUCCUGGUCCGGCCAACUGGCUCCCAGCACGUGCUGACCUUCGAGAACCCCAGCGGAGUCAGGAAGUGCGUUUUCAACACUGAGGGCCACUCGCCUGAAGGACCCCACAGGAUAACCCUCGGCUACGGCUGCAUGAGGUCGCCGCAGAUCGAAAUGAUGCUGAUGAGGGCGCUCGGGUUCCCGUUCGAGCACAACCGCGCCAGCAGAGACCUCUACAUCGACGUGCAAUUCGAGAACAUCGAUCCCGUGAUUUUGUGCAUGCCCAACAUGGAUUUAAUUUUAGUGUUCCAAACUGUUUGU